AUGCCUCCCAAGAAACGAGCUCAGGCCAAGCCGACGCCCCAAUCUGGCGGUCGGCGUCGGUCACAGCGGGUGAGCUUCACGGGCAAGAAGAGCACCUACUUCGAGGAUGACGUAGAUGAAUCCGAUGCCUCUCUACCGCCUCGAAAGGCCGCAAAACCCAACACCAAAAAACGAGCCAACAAUGACUUGGACGAAGAGCAUCAAUUUGUCGAUGAAGAAGUUUCCGAAGAUGACCAGGGAGAGGGAUCUGAUGAUGCCGAAGAUUCGGUGGAGCCGCCCCCACGUAAAAGGGGUCGACCGGCCAAAGCAGCCAAAGUAACCAAAGCCGCCAAGGAAACUCCCAAGAAACGGGCCAAGGUUGAGUCGGAAGAUGAGGAUGAGGAUGACUGGGAUGAUGAUGCACCCAGAGUUACCUUCACUAAAUUGCCUGAGUUGAGGGAUACCGGUGGCAUCGACUAUGAAGAUGACCGGCUCCACCCCAACACAAUGUUGUUUCUAAAGGAGCUUAAGGCGAAUAACAAGCGAUUAUGGCUGAAACUGCGCGAUCCCGAGUACAGGCGCUCGUUGAAAGAUUGGGAGACCUUCGUCGAGACCCUCACGGAGAAAAUCACCGAAGCUGAUGAGACUAUACCGGAAUUACCAUUAAAAGAUGUCAUCUUUCGUAUCUAUCGAGAUAUCAGGUUUUCGAAAGAUCCAACUCCGUACAAGCCACAUUAUUCGGCUGCUUGGUCUCGAACUGGCAGGAAGGGGCCCUACGCCUGCUACUACGUCCACUGCGAGCCUGGUAGCUGCUUCGUUGGGGGCGGCUUGUGGCAUCCCGACAAAGAUGCAUUGGCGAAGUUGAGAGCCAGCAUAGACGAAAGACCCCAUCGGAUAAGGCGUGUUUUGAUGAACCCGCAGUUCCGCAACACUUUCCUUCCCAAAGCCAAGAACACCGAGACGUCCGUUCUGGCAACGUUCGCCGAGUCGAAUAAGGAGAAUGCGCUGAAGACGAAGCCUCAGGGCUUUAACCCCGACCACCGAGACAUUGAGCUCCUCAAGUUGAGGAACUACACGGUUGGCGUCAAGAUCAAGGACUCUGAUCUGACAAGCGACGAUGCACAGGACAAAAUCAUGGUUAUCAUUAAUCAUAUGGUGGAAUAUGUGACGUUCUUGAACAGUGUGGUCAUGCCUGAUCCGAAUGAAGAAAGUGAUUCCGACGAUCAAGAUGAGGACGAGGCCGAGACUCAGGAUGGGACCACCGAAGAAUAA